UCUGACAUUUGAAGCAUUGGACCUGGAAUCUGCCGCCUCUGAAGCGCUCGAUCUGUACUGGCUUUUCUAGGAUAGUCUUAAUGUUGUAGAUGUUUCUGUUGCUGGCUGUAUCCCAUUGGAUGAUGAGAAAAAGUGGGAGGGGCCUAAGUGUGGCAUCAGCCAGAUUAACUGUAACUGUGUGUUAACUGUUUAGUUUUAGUUUCAGUUUGCUUUUAUGUUUAGUUUCAGUUUGUGUUUGUGUAUCUCGUUAAGUUGUUAUUAAAUGUGUUUGCGAGAUGCUAGAUCCUGCUCAUUUAUUUAAUAUGUACUGAAAUAAUACAUAACAACACAUGGUGGCAGCGGUAAAAGAAAACAAAUUAACGCAGUACGUUUUGACUCUCCUUCGAUAUUCUGAAAUUACAUCAUGACAUCAGCUCCUGCAUAUCAUAUAACGCCGCCAGAAUCAUUUCCUUUUUCGAUUCCCUCGGAAUGGCCUAAAUGGAAGCAAAGAUUUCUACGUUUCCGAACUGCUUCUGGACUAAUAACAAAAACAGAAGAGGAACAAGUGGAUGCUCUCAUAUACGUCAUGGGUGAUAAAGCCGAGGACAUAUUUCUUUCGCUCAGUAUAUCGGAAGAGGAUAAAAAGAAAUUCCAGGAGGUUUUGAAUAGUUUCGACACUCACUUUGUUGUUAAACGAAACAUAAUAUUCGAACGAGCUCAGUUCAAUCGGCGAAUUCAAAAAGAAGGUGAGUCUGUCAACGAUUUUAUUACUGCUUUAUAUGCUCUUGCUGACAAGUGUGAAUAUGGUAAUUUACAUGACGAAUUGCUUCGUGACCGUAUAGUUGUUGGUAUUAAAGAUCAAACUUUAAGCGAAAAAUUACAACUUGAUUCUGAACUUACCCUGCAAACUGCAAUUGACAAAGUACGUCUUUCGGAAUCAGUUAAGAAACAACAAUCACUACUAGUUGAAAAUUCUACAGUUAAUGCUAUUAGUCAAAAGAAGAAAUAUAAUAAAACAACUAAUGCAGACAAAAGUAAUUUUCAUGAUUCGAAAAGUAAAUAUCAAGAUUCGAAAACUAAUUAUCAGCGAAAAAAUUGCAAAUGGUGCGGUAAACAGCCACAUGAAAAAAGAAACUGCCCAGCAAAGGACUCAAAUUGCAGAAAAUGCAAGAAAAGAGGACAUUGGGAUAAUGUUUGUUUAUCUACUAUUAAAAGAGUCAAUGAACUUUGUGAUGCUGGUUUUGUAGGACUAGUGGGAAGUACACAAAACACAGAUGAGUGGGUUGUUCCUGUUAAAAUACUAGGAAAAUGCAUCCAAUUUAAAAUUGAUAGUGGUGCAGACUAUUCUGUUAUUCCAAGCAGUAUUGCCUCCACAGUACUCAAACAUGCAGAACUAAAAAGUACAGAUAAAGUGAUUUUUGGCCCCGAUAAAACACCCUUGAAGUUAAUGGGAAAACUGCUUGAAAAUGUUGAAUAUAAUGGAAAAAAGUGCUUAGAAGAAAUUUAUGUUAUAGAAGGACUCCAAACAUGUUUAUUAGGAAAACCUUGGUAG